GGUCUUCCUCUGGUUCCACUUCUAAAUAGCUCCGAUUUUGAAUUUUGAAAUCACAGGGAGAGUGGGAUGGCUUCCGCCGACAUCAAGGGUUUCUUCCGGCAGAAGAAGGGAGGCGUAUCCAAGAAACCCGCUUCCUCCUCCAGGAAGAAGUCCGGCAAGUCAAGCGUCGGCACGAUCUGCCUACCGGAGCCCGCAGAAACCCCAGCCCUCAUGGCCCACGGCAAGGUUGAUCGCCAAGAUGAAUACGGGGAUGGGGACGAGAAACUGAAUCAAUUCGACAUGGAGAUGAGGUACGGGCCAUGUGUCGGGCUCAGUAGGCUCGAGCGCUGGGAGCGGGCGUGCUCUAUGGGGCUUAAUCCACCACCGGAGAUCGGAAAUCUUCUCCGAAGCUUGUCGAGUUCAAAUCCCAAGCUGGAGUGCCUUUGGGAAGGCAGGGUUUGAUUCCCAAAUUUGUAAUAGCUGAUCUUUGCUGUAAGAUCCUAAGCUGUUUUUGUAUUAGUAGGUGAGAUUUCUGACUCGCUCUAUUGUGUUAUAAGUGUUUAACACUGUUCUGUUUCUUUGCCCAUCUAACAAUCUACGACA